UUGACAACUUGAAUUAUUUUAAUAUCCUCUUCAAAGCUGACAGCAUGUCAGCGCGCAAUUGCGCAGCCAGGAAAGCCUGAGCGGAGACCUACUGGGCUGCUUGAAAACUACCGCAGCGCGUCACCAGAAGAAACCUCCUGUUGUCACUACAUUCCCAUGAAACGGAAUCCCAAAUGUACGCAUGCUUAUCUGGGGAAGGUUCUCUCUAUGAUUUCGCUUUGACCUAAUCGAGGACGCCGUUGGAGCUAGGUUCAUGGAAAACAUUUGAUUCUAGGAGAAAGUGUGCGUUGCAGUAUAUGGGAAUGUACUGGCUGCAACUCACGAUGACAGUUUGCAUCAGGACUGCGGAUGCACUCGUCAAAAGUGUGGAUAUUUAAGACGGGGCACCAUGGACGCAGCAGACGUAGCCGCUUCCGUGUUGGUUUUGGGAAUUAUAAUCGUGUCGCUGCUGUCCAACGUUGUGGUGCUGAUCUGCUUUCUGUACAACCCGGAGAUCCGCAAACAGGUACCCGGUCUUUUCAUCCUCAACUUGACAUUUUGCAACUUGUUGCUAAGCGUGUCCAACAUGCCUCUAACUCUCGUCGGGCUCAUCACCACGGGCCACCCUGGAGGCAGCGUCUUUUGUCAGAUAGUGGGAUUCCUCGACACUUUUCUCACCACAAACUCAAUGCUCAGCAUGGCAGCUCUCAGCAUCGAUAGGUGGGUGGCGGUGGUGUUCCCGCUGAGCUACCACUCCAGGAUCCGGCACCGGGAUGCAGUGAUCGCGCUCGGAUACACGUGGAUACACUCUCUUUGCUUCUCAGUGGUGGCCACCUGCCGCUCCUGGGUCGGGUACCACCACCUUUACGCAUCGUGCACCCUCUGCAAUGUGAGGGCGAAGGGAGCAGGGAUGCAGUUUAUCCUUUUCACCGUGGCUCUGCACUCUCUCACUUUCCUCCUCACGCUCAUCGUGUUGUGUGUAACCUAUCUUAAAGUGUUGAAAGUUGCGAGGUUUCACUGUAAACGCAUCGACGUGAUCACGAUGCAGACGUUGGUGCUGCUUGUGGAUAUUCACCCCAGUGUGCGGCAGAAAUGCUUGGAUGAACAGAAGCGGAGGAGGCUGAGGGCCACCAAGAAGAUCAGCACGUUCAUCGGCACAUUUGUGGUGUGCUUCAGCCCUUAUGUCAUUACAAGAAUCGUCGAGCUCUUUGCUCCAGGGCCCAUAAGCCCUCACUGGUGCGUGCUGUCCAAAUGCUUGGCCUACAGCAAGGCAGCAAGCGACCCAUUUGUCUACUCGCUGCUCCGUCACCAGUACAGGAAGACGUGCAGCCUGCUGGCUAACAAAGUCCUCAAGAGGAGUCAGCUCAACUCAUCCUCCCUCAGGAUUGAGAGCAAUGCAGGGAGGAGCAGCAACAACGCAAACACAACCAACAACAUCCAACCGCCCACCAACAAGCCAGCCGGACAGUGAAGGAUGCUUUAAGAGACAAUCAGGGUAAUUUCUCUGCUGAAAGUUCUGAUUUUACAUCUGACGCUCAUGAGAAAAGGGGUGUGCUAUACGUAAACUCUGUUUGAUGGCGUUACAUCAGGGUGAACAAGCCUAAUUGUUGAAGGACAAGACUGGCAAUAUCCUGUAUUUUUUUUACUGUAAAAACAAAAACCAUGAAAGACCAAAACCAAAAUCCUAACAUAUUCCCUUCCUGCCCGUGGUACUCAUGCCCAAGAAUAGCUGAUCCUACUGUGGGGACAUAAAAGAACAAAUAUCAACACUCAUUAAAAAUAGGUAAAAAAAAAUGUUAUAACAGCUGGGUACUGUAGUUUAUUUACAAACGUUUCUUACAAAGUAGAAUAGGUGAAUUUUUCAGCUGCAGAUCUGGUACAUCAGGGUUCAUGGGAUUAGCUUAAAAAAACAUGGCCAUGUUCAUAGUGAUAAAGGAACAUGUCACCCAGUCAAACAGUGUGUGACUUAUAGAUGUCAUUUUCAUCUUUUGCGAUGAACACUGAGGAAUAUCAUACAUUCAGUUGUAUACAUUCAAUGAGGGAUAGACUAUCAACAGCCUUAUUUUAAAUUGAAUUGUAUAGGUUUUGUGUGUAUUUUGAAGUAUGCUACAGUUUUUUUAUCUGUAAAGACAGAUAUGCUCUAAUGAAGGUUUUUGUAGCAGACUGGUUCGGUUCAAUUUGGUUCAAUUGUUUCAUCAGUGUCUGAAAUUCCAAUGAAGACUAAAACAAUGUAUUAAAACAAUGUAAUAAAACAAACCCCUGCUCCAAAAAUGAGAACCCAGGAGCCUUUCAUGACGACACUCUCUGCACCGAAUAUGCGACCACACAGGUCGGCUGUGCAUUGAUUUAUUAUGACCCCUAAUUUAGAGUUACAUGCCAUUUUAUGUGGGCCAUAAUAGUUAAGACGUGAGAAAAAAUCCAAAGUAAUUGGGUUUAGCUUGUAUAGCGUUUUUCUAGUCUACUACUAGACUACUCCAGCCCUUUUUGCACCACAGAUCACACUUACCCACAGAUCACACUUACCCAUUAACACCACAUUCACACACUGAAGGCAGAGGCUGCUGUGGAAGUCAGGUGACAUUUAAAAGUGAUACAGUGAUAAAGUCCAUCAGAUUUAGCGGUCAGAGGAAUGGAAGUGUAAUCAAACACAAGAUUUACACCCAAGGGUCCAGUUACAUGUCUUUUUUCUGUGUGACAGUUUUCCAAAAACUUGCCUAACAAAAUGUAAGGUAGACUGGACUCUCUUUAUAUUUGUACAGUGCAUCCCGAUAGACAGACACUAAUUAAGCACUAUUUUGUUUUCACUGAGACUCUGCAGGGUUAUUUUUCAAUAACUGCCAAGAAUUUAAGUUGUGCCACUAAACCAUUCACUGAAAUGUCCCACCAGAACCAAACAGUUAUAAUUCUAUAUCAAUAUUCAAUCAUAACUUCUGACCUCAAUAUUAAUGUGUUGGCCUUUAAAAAACAGUAUAAGUGUUAUGUAGGGAAAUAAAUGAUUUGGAUAGUCAUAUUGUAUCAAGAGAAGUGCACUGCACUGAUGUUGUAGCUAUGAGGCCAGAGUUCUUAAGUGCCUUUUACACUUUGAGCUCUCUGAUUCAAUCAACACUCAUCAGAGGAAACGACUGACAUCAUGUUCAUUUCUUGGUAAUCUGUGUUGUGGUUGAGCGUGACGAUAGAGCCUUUUCAUGCAGUGAGGUAAAACUUAGGAGUAGUGUUUAUUGUGUGAUAUCACAGAGUAUUGUUGCAUAGGGAAAAACAGGUUGAACUAUAAUUUGAAUGUGGUAGCAACUGUCUAUGAUGUGUUGUUAACACUCCAGGCCAUGUGAGCACGGCUGUGUGUUUUAUGGGUUGUACAACUUAUUCAUUUGGAAAUCUUUUCUAUUUACUUUAUUGUGAAAGUAUGCAGCCUUUAAAAGGCAUACAAAGUAUUUAUUUUUGUCAGAACUGUAUUUGA